AUGUGGCUCCUUCAGGCUGGUGCGCUGUUGGCGUACGGCAGCCCGACGCCGGCUCGCGCCCGGACGGCUCGCAUGGCAGCCACCGCGGAUGCGCCGUUCUGGUUCGACCCUUGCCUCGAGUUUGGCCUCGACGAGCCCCGCCCAGACGCAGGCACCCUGCCGCUCCUGCUCGUGCUGCCUGGAGCGGACGGCUCUGGAAUCACCGCGUGGAUGCAGUUCCCGUCGCUCGCACAAGAGUACGCGGUGCGCGCCCUCUGCGUGCCGGCCGGCGACCGCUCGAGCCACGCCGACCUGGUGGCGCUCGUGUCGCAAGAGGUGCGGUCGGUCGGCGAGGGUCGCGAGCUCUUCCUGCUGGGAGAGUCGAUGGGGUCCGGGGUCGCCAUCGACGUCGCGCUCGACGUGCCGCAGGAGCUGUCCGGCCUGUUGCUCGUCUCCCCCGCGACCGGCUGGCACCGCAAGCUCGGCUACCGGAUCCUGACCUGGAGAGACUCUGUCUUGGUGUCGCGCUGCCGGUGCGUCUACGUCGAGGGCGCGGGGCACGCCGGCGCGACAGACGAUCGGCUCGACUUGCGCGCCGAGCUCGCUGCGUGGCGAAGGGAAGUGAUAGAGGUGAGCCGGAAGGAGCCCACCACGGCCGCGACGGUCUGA